AUGUCUUUACUAGAACAAAUAAAUUUGCCAAAAGGCAUAAAUUCGCGUGAAAAUAAUACGGGGGAAGUUAAACUGCAUCGACAGUACUAUCCUUCGCGCCUUAACCUAUACACAAUUCCGCCAAUUAACGAAAUUACUAUCGAAGAAUUUGAAAGCUUUGCUUUGGACAGACUAACAGUUCUAAAAGAGAUCGAAGCAACUAUUCUACGGAAUAAGUCUGAAGGAGAAUCCAAAGAAUAUAUAAAUCAAGUAUUAGCACAAUAUCUACCUUUGCAUACAAAUUCAUCUUCUGAAGCCUAUUCCAUUCAACAAGAAAGGAAAAAAGAUCAUAUAUCACAUUUUAUCUUACGUCUGCUUAAUAACAAGGAAAAACAUGAGAUAAAGGAUCAAUUAAGGGCUAGUUCUCCUCACGUGAAUCCUGAGACUGAAGUCUUUUUUGAGGUUGACUUUGAAAAAGUGUUGGAUUUGGUAAGACGUCGUGUAGUGUAUAUAAAAGGAGGUAAAGCUUAUGUGCCCAUGCGUGAUCAACUAGCGCUAGUAAUAGACGAAUUUCGCAAUCGACUGGAUAAAGCAUUAAAGGAUACUUGCAGGGCUCUUCCCGAGAUUGAUCAAGAGGGUCAAGUGAUGCCAAUUUUAAAUCAAAUAGAUCACCAAAAAUCCGGUCAGGGCUAUAGUUGUUCAAAGAAAAUUGAAGGUCAGAUAACCGCGGAUGAUGUGGAUCAGUUGACCGAACAUUUCCCAUUAUGCAUGAGACAUUUACAUAAUAAGCUUCAAGAAAAUAAGCAUUUGAAACACUAUGGCAGAAUGCAGUAUAAUUUAUUUUUAAAAGGAAUUGGACUUUCUGUGGAAGAAGCACUCAGAUUUUGGCGGACGGCAUUCUCUAAACUUAACGAUGAUAAAUUCCAGAAAUCUUAUGCAUACAACAUCAGACACAAUUACGGAAUGGAAGGCAAAAGAACUGAUUAUGCCCCGUUGAAUUGUAUGAAAAUAAUCACCAACAAUCAACCAGGCGAAGGAGAUCAUCACGGUUGUCCAUUUCGACAUUUCUCUGAAGAUAAUUUGUCACGUACACUUUAUAAUGCCGGUGUAACAGACAAAGCGCAAAUUAGACAAAUAUUGGAGUAUGCCAAAGGGCAUCAUUAUAAUAUCGCUUGCACAAGGUUUUUCGAGUUGACGCGUGGUAGUGGAUCCAAAGAGCAGGGAAUGAUGGCAGCAAUAAAUCACCCAAAUGAAUUCUUCGAAAAAAGUUAUCAAUUAAGUCAAGAGGGAUCACUGGGAAAUAAUGCUACUACUAAUACUAUUACUGGCUAA